CCCGCCACCAGCCACUCCAAGCCCUCGUAGCACAAUCCCCCUCCAAACAAACAAAAACUAUGUCGCGAACAUCAUCGUCAACCGAAGGAUCCAACUCUCGUGAAGUCUCCCCCACAUCGCCGAGUGCUAAAGUCCAAUUCGAUUCAGCUUUACCUGAUGGGACAAAGAAAUUUCUCCAGUUCCAUGUCAUAACAGCGACUCUCUCGGAGAAGGCUUCGGGAAAGAGACCCGCGUCGUCGUUUAUCGGAAUGGCUGUUGGGAAACACAACUACACGACGUCUACCGUGAAUGGUAGAGAUUCAGAUCCAGUCUGGCAUGACAAUUUGGGACCAAUGUGGCUCAAAGACGAUACGAAAAUAACAUUCAAACUCAGAAGUCGUUCAUUACCGCUCGUCCCUGCACAAACCAUCGCCACGACGAAGACGUACAAAGUACACGAACUCAUAGAGUUACAGAAAGAUCUAUACGAUCGUAAUUGCACUAUCAAACUCCCACUUGAACCUCCUUCCACGUCCAAUUCACCGCCUUCAUCACCACGAAACACGAAGAAUACACAAGGAUCGAACACCAGUGCUCUGAUCAUUAAUCUCCGAUUACCUUCCUCAGCCGAGACUGCCACUGAAGAAGUGGCUAGGGCCCGUGUGAGGAGUAAUAGUGUUCGCCUUGAGCAGCAGCAACUGCAACAACGACUCGAACAACAACAACAACAACAACAGUCGCAGCAGACGCAACGACACGGACUUUUGUUGAAACCUGAUGACAUUGACAGUGAGGAAGAUUUGCGGCUGGAGAUCGAUAGGAAAGCUGCGUUGGGUGAGUCGUCAGGUUCGGAGGCGGUGGUUUAUAAAACGAUUGAGAUCAUCCCGAGGAUAACGGUUAAUUGAAGGGUGUUGCCUUAUUUUACACUCAAGAGGGGUUUUUUCGCUGGUAAUUACGAAGCACACACCUUUUAUCUAACAUGCUUUUUAUUUUGUCUAUGCUGUCAAUUUCAUCUCUAUUUUGAGCCUUUACACAUAACAGUUUGCAUUCGCAUUUACAUAGAACAUACGACAUUUCUAUUUAAAAAUGUAUCCUAGUAUCUAUCUAAGUACAGGUAUCAUUUUUGAUCAAGUAAUUCUUUCUCGGUCUGAGUCCACGCUCU